AUGAAUUCUCAAGUCCGUCAAUUAUAUAAAAUACUUAUCUACAUGGGCAAGGACUACCCUGUUGGUCUGGGGGGAUACCAAAAGUUUCGCCGCCAAUUAAAGGACCAGUUCGUUAACACGCCAGUGAGCACCCAAAAGGACUUAACAGCUGCAUUGGAAAAGGGAGAGUACAUUAUUAAAGGUAUGUAG